CUCCGCCCAGCCCCACCUUGAGGGCAAGGAGAGAGGCAGAGAAGCCGCCUCUGCCGCAUCGCAUCUCUCCUCUCUCCCCCCCCCCCCGCUUUCUCUCCCCUCCCACCGGCCCACCCUCACCGGGGCCCCAAUGCAAUCCGAUGCGUCCCCGGUAAGGUUCCGCUGCUGCGCUGCAUUGUGCCCUCUCUUGUUUCGGGAGCCUCCACCCACUGGCCCACCCGACAUUUAGCACAUCAUGUGAUCCGGGACACUAACACAUUGGAAGCAGGAUGCUUAUGCUUGAUGGGAUGCCUGCAGUCAGAGUCAAAACAGAGCUGCUGGAAUCGGAACAAGGCUCUCCAAACUCUCACAGUUACCCAGAUAUGGAAGCUGUACCUCUUUUGCUGAACAGCAUGAAGGCAGAUCCGGAAGAAGACUCCUUGUCCACAGACCAUUUCCAAACGCAAACUGAGCCAGUGGACUUGUCGAUAAACAAGGCCCGGUCGUCCCCCAUCGCUGCUUCCUCUUCGCCUGUGUCCAUCACCGCCUCGGCAUCGUCUCCUUCUUCCACUUCAACAUCCUCUAGUCGGCCAGCCUCGUCACCCACAGUAAUAACGUCCGUCUCUUCAGCGUCUUCUGCACCGUCAGUAUUAACGCCAGGCCCGCUCGUGGCAUCUACAUCAGGUGUUGGAGGGCAGCAGUUUUUGCACAUAAUCCACCCAGUACCCCCGUCCAGCCCCAUGAACCUACAGACCAACAAAAUGAGUCACGUACAUCGCAUCCCAGUCGUGGUGCAGUCGGUACCCGUGGUCUACACAGCGGUGAGAUCACCAGGGAAUGUCAACAACACUAUCGUAGUACCGCUACUGGAGGACGGGAGAAGUCAUGUCAAAGCACAAAUGGACCCACGUGGCCUAUCUCCCAGACAAAUUAAAAGUGACAGUGAUGACGACGACCUGCCAAAUGUGACCUUGGAUAGUGUUAAUGAAACUGGAUCCACAGCUCUCUCUAUAGCCAGAGCUGUUCAAGAAGAGAGCAUGUGGGGCUGUGCCAGGUCAGCUGUUAACACUUUUCGUUUUUUCAACUCCAGUUCAAUUUCGCCGUUUAGUAUUGAGAGCACAAGGCGCCAGAGACGGUCUGAAUCGCCUGACUCUAGAAAGCGUCGCAUCCACAGAUGUGAUUUUGAAGGGUGCAACAAGGUGUACACGAAAAGCUCCCACCUGAAGGCUCACCGAAGGACGCACACAGGAGAGAAACCAUACAAGUGCACCUGGGAGGGCUGCACCUGGAAGUUUGCCCGUUCAGACGAACUGACGAGGCACUACCGCAAACACACGGGAGUCAAGCCCUUCAAGUGCGCAGACUGUGAUAGAAGCUUUUCUCGUUCGGAUCACUUGGCGUUGCACCGCCGAAGGCACAUGCUUGUCUGAAAAAGGCUACAUUGUCCCCUCUCCCCACCCAAAAAAAAAAAAGGAAGUACCAAGAGCUGGGUCUCUUUUAACUACAGCGAAUUCAGCAGGGCUGAAUCCCGUUUUGAUGGCGUUAGCACAAAAGGGGGCGUUCCACGUUGUCCCAUAUACACAAAGAAGCAGGAAGUGUAGUGCCACUGUUCUGUCUCCCAUCUGAAGUCGGCUUUCCAGCAUGGGCAAAGUUAUCACCUUCAGCUGGGAGAUGAUAGCCUGAAUGCGACAAGAGUGGGCAUUAUUUUCUAACCCAUGUCCUUUUAAAAGUAUUUAUGGCUUGUACCUUUUCUCACACUUUUUUUUUUCCUGCUGAAGAAUUACUGCUAUCACAAAGACCGGAUAUAAACAUUUGGAAAGAACAAACUUCCUGGAUCUCCUCACCUGUUUCUCCUUCCGCCGCCUUUUUUAAAAGAUUAUUAUCGAAACACGGCAGAAUAUCACCACGCCUGAUUGUUGAGUGAUCAACAAUCUACGAAGCCAGCUCUAGCGAGUGGAAAGAGGAGGGAUACAAACAAAUCUCCUUGAAGCGAAAGGAUUCCUCAGCACACUUAUGCAAUAAAGAUGGCGGUAUUUUACAUAUUUACCCCUCUGUCAUCAUGCCAGACUCUAGAAGCCACUAUUUUUUUUUAAUCCUUAUUUAAAGUAAAUCUCUGUUUUUGUUAGAAUCUAUAAAACAGGCACCAGUAACAUUUCAGUGUGAAAUAACCCUCUCUACAUCUGUUUGCUUAAUUUAUAACAGGAAGAGACCAUUAAAAUGUAACAUCCUGGCUGCACAGUAGGGAAAAAAAGUUCGACCCACCAUCCCUAAACCAACACAUUAACCCCCUGCAUAUUUACUUGAAAGUGAGUAAUGUCCAAACAUACAUGUACAUUGCUUCACCUCUCAUUUCUUCCCUAAUCAGCAGGUGUCGACUCCUUAACUGAAUGUGUGAACUGAUUCCAUUGCACAGCAUUGCAGGAUGGGAUAAAAACUUCAGAUCUGUACUGCUUGAUCUGCAAUGCUCAUUCACACAUGCAGGUCAAGUCGAUUCUACAGCCACCAUGCUGAAUGCACAUGUGUGAAGCAGCCUUCCAACUUGCUUGAAGAAUUUACUUUCAGUGUAAAUGUGCUUAGAGCUUCAGCCUCUAAGAAUAGCUGUUUCUGAAAGGGAAUUGAAUACGUCAACAUCAAUGGCAGGAGUAGUCAGAAAGAAGCUACUUUAAGUAGAUUUUUUGUGAGGUCUCCAAACACUUGCUGUUUCCUAAACUUAGAACCUCAGUCCAGAAAAUGUCGCUGUGUCUUAUUAAAAGCAACGGCUAGUCGGGGUAAGUCUUCUGUUGGUUUCGGCAAAACUUAGUCAUGACUAAGUUGUGCUGGGUUGAGGCAGCGUGGGUAGGCAUUCCAAAAAUGUCUGGAGAAUGACUAUCUGGAGCCAAAUAUCUGAUCCAUGUAUGUCAAGGAGCAGUUUUGACAGGUGGGAUUCACUGAUUCUAGUAACAUUUUCUGCUGGAAGAAAGUAGCUCUCAGGGGCAGAUUUUGCCUGAAAGUUCCCUAAGAAACUAAAGGCCAACCAUCCACUCUCUUGCUCUGAUCGUGUUGCUCGAAUGAUGGCAAAAACUUCCCCUAGCCCCUGUUUAUGAUAGAUGAGAAAGGCGGCAAAAACAAAACAAAAAAGGCAGAAAGAAAAUGAAGCGUUGAGCAGGCCACAAAGCCUGACUUCUCACAGACUGGCUUAAAAUAUUCUUAAAGAUGAUAAUGAUGGUUAUUAUUAAUUUCAUUUCUAUACUGCUUUAAAAAUUUUAAGAAAGAAAAAAAUCAAAGCAGUUUACAACCUACAUUAAAAGGUCAGUGAAAACAAUCCGGAAUAAAACGUUACUGGAGAAAGUUAAGUACAUAUUCAAGGCAACAUGAAUGGGAAACUAAAGUCUAAUCCCAAAGAUUUCAAAAUAAAACAUUGCUAGAUGAAGUCAAAUGUAAGACGGACAUUCAAAACAGAGAAUAAAAUAUGAUAAGUAUAGAACAUACCGGAUGCUGUUAUUGAUAACAUACCAAGAAGCCUACAGUUGCCCCUUUCACAGCAGCAAUACAUGCAUUUAGUACCUGCCUCCCAAUUUUUAGCUGAAAGGACCAUCAGAAGUGGGCUUAUCUGAAUGGGAAAUAUGUGAAUGGCUCUCAUCACAGGGUAGUAGGGGACAAAUGGACCACACUGUAUGUCUCUUGUUUCGAAAGGGCUGGUCUUAAUUCCCUCACUGGCACACAGCUUAUCAGUCUUUGGCUGGAGAAGUUUGGUAGUUUGGGGACAGGAACAUGUGACUAGAAGGUGGAUCAGCAUAAUUGUAAAUCAAUAAUAAGCAAGCUUCUACAAAUUGGCUUUCUAGGUAGCAGCCUAUAUGAAGAAUUUAAAUCUGACCAUUGAAACAAAGGGAGAUUCAGGGAGUUCGCUGGAGAGAACUAUGCUUGCUCACUUAUUUAUAAUGGCUUUCUUAAGAAUUAGCCAUACCACAGCUCUGGGUCACCUCAGAUGUCUAAAAUACUCAGCUGGCAAUGGGAUGUGUCAUAUAGCCUAACAUCUGUGAGUUGUUUCUUGAGGAUGAAAUUAUCGCCAAAAGGAGAGAAUCAAAGGACACAAUCCACCAGCUCUGUCCCUCACCCAAGCCCACAGAAAUUGCACACAUUUUAUACAAGUGUGUGCAAGUUAUACCAAGCACAGUACGUAGAGAGUGCAAAUUCCGUAGGUCUAUCUGCAGGAGCCAGGCAAACUGAGACACUUCCAAGUUCCAUGGGCUUCCAUGAGAAUUAAGCAUGUACUUAACAGCCCUAUUCACAUUAAGUAGGAUUUUAAUUGUUUAACUGUGUUUGGAUCAUUCCCAAGAAGUCGCUCUCAGUGCAGGAUAAAUCAGCCAACCCUUCACUAUAUCAUCCGGAGAACAAAAUUCAGCAUGACACAAUGUUCGGAGAAUGGGGGGAAUUCCUAGGUGAGCUUCCCCAAACCCCUGUCAUUUCAAAAAGCAGUUUUGACUUUGUUAUUGUGACCUGAAUAUGACAAGAGAUGGGCGACCUUUUGUAUUUUAGCUUUUCCUAACUGAUGCCUAAAUAAAGAUCAAGAGGUUCUCGUUGUGCAAAGGUGGUCUAAUACAUACUGGGGCUUCCCUUUCCCUUCUAUGAGAAGGGAGACCACUGAUGUGGGCAACGAUCUGAAAACACUUCCCUCUGCGCUUGUGGAGCUCUGGGUGGAGACAAAACAAAUUUAUCAACAUUUGGCAUAGCAUUUAGCUAGGAAUCUGCUAACUUAGCCUCAUUGUGUCACACUGUGAAGGAGCUUCUGUUUAUUCACAGCUUAUAAAUGGGAAGAGAUUUUUAAAAAUGAAAUUGGUCUGUUUUGGGCCACGUUAAUCAGUGGGCAAGAGAACUGGCUUCCCUAAAGGAAGUGUGGAGAGGCUUUUGUUUUUAGCACUACUGUUAAAAGUAGCUUGCCAUCAAAGAAAAGGGUCCGUUAGGAUUGAAGAAGUUACAUAGAUGCAUCCCUUCUCUGUUUAUUUGUUUGUUAGAACAGAAAGGGGGAGGGUUCUCUCUUUUCCAAAUAUGCUGCAGUAAUGCAUUCUUCUCCUUAAAAUUGUGCCAUGUAAAUGAUACAUGCAGAAGAGCUCCCCUGUUAUGAUGGUGAUGGUAUUGUGCCCUGCCUAAUGCCGCCAUAGCCCACGCAAACUCAUGCAGAAAUCCGUAGAAUCCAUAUCAAGGUGGUUGGAAUCUGACAAUAUUUUCACUAAACAGCAACCAGGUUGAGUUUCCUUUCGGUGAAUCUAAUGCAGCCAAGUCUCGUUCUUCUGAUAGAAGAAUUAAAGCAACACUGAACCAAUAGAAACCAAACGGAAACAGAAAAGAUUGCUUAAAUGUUGACUGAUCAAUGCACUCACAGAGCCAAGGGUCUAAUGCACAUAGAAGGCGGCGCAAUGUGAUGUGGGUUCUUCUGUGCAGCACAUCGGUUCACUCUUAGUCCCAAUUCAUGUACUCGUUUCCUCCUGAUAUUCAUGGUGGAAGGGGGGGAUGUAUGUGCCCACAUUUGUGUGUAUUGGGCACUACGCCCAGUGAGUGUGUGAACUGGCCUUUCGCUAGCACGACCUACAUCAUUUCCUGGCCAACCUCACACCUGAUGCUCUUUGGUUGUAAACUGAAAGCAUCCUACCUAAACCAGCCCAGCAUAUAAUGAACACAGUACGAUGCAAAUGUGGCAAUCCUGAGCAUAUCACCAUCUCCUCCAACUCAUUUGUUUGAAAAGAUGUAGCAAGCGAUCCCUUUUGAGAGCAGCCUUUUGCAAUAUGAGUUCACACACGGAAUUCAGAUGCAGUUGCUCCUUGUGUCCUCCUCCGUUGAUUUUAUUCACUUGGAUGAAAUCAUCUUUUUUAGAUUAAGGUUGAGUGACUGGUGUUGCUAGAUUGAUAUUCCCAUUUUGGGAGCUUUCCUUGAUGAGAUUUAUCCAUUCAGGGGAAGUUCUUGUAUGUCAUGCCUUCCCAAAGCUGUAUUGAAGCAAAUAUAUCUUUGCAACUAUAUCUUUGUACGAGGGUGUCUUUGAUAAUCGAUAAAUUCUUGCACGAUAAAUAAAACUCAUGAGCCCUUUCAUGAUUUUUUUUGGGGGGGGGGGUAAUGGAAAUAAAUACAUCAAAAUAAAUAGUGUAUAAUUAUAUUUAAAACAUUGAUUUGUUCGCUCUUUUCACAUAGAAAAUGAUGUUCGCUAAGCAUAAGCAACCGUCAGUGCCCUUCUGCCCCCAUGAAUUUCCCUACAUGUCCCCACACAAGUGCAUAUGGCUAAUUGUGCGCAUGUGUGUGAUCUGAACUAAGAUCUAGUAUUGCUUUCAAGAAUUUUAAAAAAAGAGACAGAGUUGGAAAUAGCUUUUCUUUAGGCUAAAAUAAUUUUACCUUAUUAGGAAACCAGCUUGUAUUACUGUAUUAUGCCUUUGCCUGUGUUUUAUAGAUGAAGAUGUAUAAAGUUAAAACUGCUAUAUUUUCACAGUUUCAUUUAAAAAGAAAUAUCCGUAACCGUGCAAUGUGUACUCAACCAAUCAUGCCCAUUGGUACUUUUAAAUAUGCUGACAUUAAACCGAUUGCAGUACCAACACCGUUUUUUAGUAUGGACCUCAAUUAUAUGGAUACUGCUUCUUUACAACAAAGAAAGAAAGAAAAUAGAAUUGAAGGUAUUUUACUGUACUUGUAACAGUUUCAAUAUUCUGUAAUAUAUUAUGUGAUAGUGAAGAAGUAUUUUCAAGCUCACAGUUUUUCACAGGAUGUAAAUAAUUGAAAUGAAGGAUGGUUUUUGAAACAAGCUUUUAGUUGUCAUCACCAAAAAAAAAAAAUGUGCUCAGAAAAUGCAUUGUAAAGCUUUCAUAAUGCAAUUAACAAUUUUAAGAGGUGGGAAAGAAUGUUCCAGUUUGUCAAAGCAUGUUCCUGUUGUAUCAUGUACACUUGGCUUUGUAUUACCUGAGGUUGUGUCACUAGACAGUGGAGUCACUUUGAAUUUCUGCAAGCUAGAGUGGGGGGAAGCAAAAUGAAAUUACUAAUGGCCAGAAUCCAAAUAACUGAGUUCCAUUUGCCCAAUGUGUUCCGUUUUGGGUUCCUCGACCAGCAGCACCGCCAUGCUGCAUGGUAAACCACGUUUGAAACUGGCACGUGUCUCACUAACAAUCCGUAAUAUGGCAUGGGAAUAUGGGUGAGGGUGGUCUACAGUUCAAAGAAAAUAACUAAAAAUAAGGUUGGUUUUUUAAAAAAUACUGUACAAGCCCUUGGAUAUACUUAAUGUCGUUCUUUGGAACUUGGCCUUCAUCUGCAGGAUUUUCUGAUUAUUCUUCCCAAUAGUAACCUUUUAAGCUUUUAGCAGGGGAAAUGAAUAAUCUAGGCUUUCAGACAGAGGGCACUUCACAUCUUACUACUUUCAGUUAAGUAGAGUAAUAACAGCAGUCUGUUUACAGGGUGGCCAAAUAUGGAUGUCUUCACUCUGGUGACGCCUGUUUGUAAGCCAAUGCACAUGAUGGCUUUCUCGUGCCCAUAACCUGGCCAGAAAGAGAGAAAGAUACUCUCCCUGCAAUUAAUACACUAUAUAGAGGAGCCUAUUUUUCUAGCCUGGAAAGCAGAAGUAGUAAUGUGUGAUGUGGCCUCUAGGGCCAAUUAACGUGAGACUUGGAUUUGCUGCGAGAUAACGGCCCAUAUUUUGUGAUCAGCUCACUGCUGGUGGCGGGGUGAAGAUCUCACAUACAAGAAGGCAUUAUUUUUAUUGUUUAAUAUGGUGGACUUUUCAUUAAUUGUUAUUCUUCUGGUUUUCCUCCUAUAAACUCUUCAGAAGAAUGCCUCUGCCCCGCGAAACGUGGCAGUCAUUCUUACCUGAUUCCAGCAGAAUUUAACCUUUCAGAUAUAUUUGUAGAUCUAAAAAGAUUCUGAGUCGGUUUGCACACUUAAGCAAGCAUCCUAGGGCAUCCCCGGGUCUCAUUAUUCAUCCUUCAUAAAAAAAGAAGAAGGACAUAAAUCAAUUUGCAGACAAUCCCAAGCACGAGGCAUUUGGGUGCUGGGGGGAAGCUGUGAACCCAGUCCAUUGCCUGCCACAGAAAAUCCUCAACAGGUCAAUGUCCAAAGUAAGAAUAUUAUAAUGAUCAGAUACAUUUUUGUAAGAAUCUCUACAAAUAAAUCUCCAGAGGUGAAACAAUUUGAAAAGUGCCUGUCUGUGAACAUUAGGGAAGAUGGGGAUGUUCCCUAUUCUUUUUACAUAGCAAUAAACUGUAAUUGAAUUGUUAUACAAUUCUGGUUUCAAUGGGGGGCGGGCAGGGAGGUUAGACUGGGUUCAUGCGAAUGCAACACAGCGAAUCACAAAGUGCCAUUUGUCUACUCUCUUCAGUUUUCAAUUUACCUAUUCCGUCCAAUGUCAAUGGGAUUUCCCCUUGCCCAGAAGGAGGAAAUAAAUUUACAAGUGACUUAGAAAAAGUUCCAUGGUAGCAUCAAGUCAAUCUGUUGUAGAUGCAUAGCAUUUCUAUUCUUUCCCAAAUCCUGCCACCAAUAGUUUUUGGAGUGUUGCCUAAUAAUUCCAACCAUGGACGUCACUGCUAAAAUGAAGUCCGUAAUUUUUUUCUACUUCAUGUCCAGCCACAUAUUUUACACUACAUUGGCAGUUGAUGUGCAGUCAGAUUUUCUUACUACUCAGUAAGGUGAUGCAGGUUGAUCAAGCUGCACAGGCUCUUUUGGUUAAAAGUCGUGAGACUUAAUGCCUCCCUUUUAACUUGCUGAACAAUACCCUUUUCCUAACAUUUCAGAAAUAACCCUAGAACGGCAAUAAAUGUCACAGCGAGUGGGUCGGCAGGGCUUUUCAAUUUUUAAAGAACUGGGUUUUGUCUUAGAACUAGCAAGAAGGUAAUAGAAUGCUCACUUGACAACUUUGAGAGGUACUGAAAUAAUUUUCAACAAUCCCUGAUUUAUACUUUAGUCUUACAACACAUGAUCAACGCAGGCUUUAAAAACACCCAUUUUUAAAAUAUAUUUGACUCAUUGUUUAAUUUAUAUUUGCCAUGCAAAGCGUUUAAUGAUCACCCCUUAAUUAAUUUCAGCCUCUGAUUUGUUUGCACGAACGAAGGUUAAUCAGAGAGGGGGAGUAAAUGAACACAAGCAAAGAGACUGAAUCACUUGUAGCCCUCAGUUUUCUUCACUUUUCUCUCAGUAUACAAUAGCAUUUCCCCUUUCCUGGAGGAAUCAGCAGUGGAGGCAAUUCAGAAAUAUAUGUACGUAUACGUACUUGGAGGAUUAUUGCACGGGAAGUUUCCUUGCCCAGUCAUCAUUGAAAUGAAUGGGAAGACAAAGCAGAUUGUGACCAGGAGAAAAACAAAAGCUUGUGAAAGGGACACCCUACUUGUCCAUAAAUCUAAGUUAACAAUACUUGACCUUCCACUGGCUUGGAAACGAGUCCACAAGCCAUGUAACGGGCCCAUCAGUCUGAACACAGCCUAGCAAAUCCCAUUCCAUGCUUGCUUUUUGCUGCCUGCAUGAGACCUCGAAAACAGGUCAUGACAUAGACAGUGUGUCACAAGUUGUGCAGGCCCACCCUUUGACAUUGUCCCUGCAUGGUAUAACUGAAUUAUUAUUUUGCUGCUCCUCUCUUUAAAAUAAGAAUACUAUCCAAAACAUCCCUUUAAGGCUUCUCUGCCACUUGCUACCAUGAGGAGGGGAGGCAAAUGGUAUUACCAAUGACAGGCCAAAAGCACGUGUGGGGAAUCUUUGGCCAGCCAUAUGUUGCUGUCCCAUCAGCCGCAACAAUAAUGACCGAUGGCCAGGGACGAGGGGAUUCGCCAUUCAUUGUUUCCCCACAUAUGCUUUAGAUGUAUUAUCAGGUCUAAAGAAUCGUUCAGAUGCUGGUCAAUUUGUGUUUGCUGGUUCCUGUUGAAAGGGGAGGUCAACUGGAGCUUUGAGGAUGAGGGGAAGAGGACAGGUUGUUAACGAAUGGCGGAUCCUCGUGAAGCAAUAUCCUAGCGUUCAUGCCCCCUGCAAACUAGAAGGGUAGCUUCAUCCCAGGGUGUAGCAGUAGAGCAGUAUUCAGUUCUCUUUCCUGAUCGAAUACGGCAGCCAUUAGCCAGUGAGCCGAGUAUCCAUACACCCCAAAGUAUUAAGUACACCAGUGCUAGUUCCUUAAUUUUUUCUUCAUUACGUUUCAAAUGGUUUUAAGUGCAAACAUGUUUUUUUCUCUUUCUUUUUAUUUAAAGGCAUUUACUUUCCCAGUAGUUUUCUUCCUGUGCGUUUAAUAUGCUACAUAGCGGUUAAGCAACGCCUAUGUUAUCAGUUGGUUAAUGAUUAUGUAUGUGUUGUUCUUGUAUUUAUGUAUAGUGUAUGUAUUGUAAAUAUACUCAGAGCUUUUCCUCUUCUUUACUGUAAAAGGGUGGUUUCUUUUUCUUGUUCCAUUCGCCCGAUGAUCAUUGUGAAGGGAGUUCCCCCUAAAGAAACCCCAUCAGAGGACAAUUACUUCAUGAACAAGUGUUAACGUUUUUAAUGUUGUCUCAGACAUAUUUCUGUUGGUGCAUUGCUUUUAUGUAUUCAACUUUCCUAUGAAUUGAGCUGUGAAUUGAAAUAGAGUUUAAACCUUUAAAUGUAUGCAUUGGUAUAAAUAUCUGAGUGGAGGCAUGAAGGAUAAAUAAAGCAUUUUGUAUGGAACAA